GUCGCCGCCGCGCGCGGUCCGCACCCGCCUCCGCCGCCGGCGCCGCCAUGGGCUCCUGAGGGCAGGUCAUCACUUACUGCAAGGGAUUAUCUCCGGGACCCCCUGCUGCCAAGCACCAUGACAGUGAGGGGGGCCGCACUGGCCCCCGAUCCAGCGUCACCCACGACCAUGGCAGCCUCGCCCAGCAUGUCUGUGAUCCCCGAGGGCAGCCCCACGGCCAUGGAGCAGCCCGUGUUCCUGAUGACAACUGCUGCUCAGGCCAUCUCCGGUUUCUUCGUUUGGACAGCCCUGCUCAUCACCUGUCACCAGAUCUACAUGCACCUGCGCUGCUAUAGCUGCCCCAACGAGCAGCGCUACAUCGUCCGCAUCCUCUUCAUCGUGCCCAUCUACGCCUUCGACUCCUGGCUCAGCCUUCUCUUCUUCACCAAUGACCAGUACUACGUGUACUUCGGCACCGUGCGGGACUGCUACGAGGCCCUGGUCAUCUAUAAUUUCCUGAGCCUAUGCUAUGAAUACCUCGGGGGAGAAAGUUCCAUCAUGUCGGAGAUCAGAGGGAAGCCCAUCGAGUCCAGCUGUAUGUACGGCACGUGCUGUCUCUGGGGAAAGACUUACUCCAUUGGAUUCCUGCGAUUCUGCAAGCAGGCCACCCUGCAGUUCUGCGUGGUGAAGCCACUCAUGGCUGUCAGCACCGUGGUCCUCCAGGCCUUCGGCAAGUACCGGGAUGGUGACUUUGAUGUCAGCAGCGGCUACCUCUAUGUGACCAUCAUCUACAACAUCUCCGUCAGCCUGGCCCUCUACGCGCUCUUCCUCUUCUACUUUGCCACCCGGGACCUGCUUAGCCCCUACAGCCCCGUCCUCAAGUUCUUCAUGGUCAAGUCCGUCAUUUUUCUCUCCUUCUGGCAAGGCAUGCUCUUGGCCAUCCUGGAGAAGUGUGGGGCCAUCCCCAAGAUCCACUCGGCCCGCGUUUCUGUGGGUGAGGGCACUGUGGCCGCCGGCUACCAGGACUUCAUCAUCUGUGUGGAGAUGUUCUUCGCAGCUCUGGCCCUGCGGCACGCCUUCACCUACAAAGUCUAUGCUGACAAGAGGCUGGAUGCGCAAGUGCCGACGUAUGGCCCUUACGGCCGCUGCGCCCCCAUGAAGAGCAUCUCCAGCAGCCUCAAGGAGACCAUGAACCCACAUGACAUCGUGCAGGACGCCAUCCACAACUUCUCGCCCGCCUACCAGCAGUACACGCAGCAGUCCACGCUGGAGCCCGGGCCCGCCUGGCGCGGUGGCGCCCACAGCCUCUCGCGCUCCCACAGCCUCAGUGGCGCCCGCGACAAUGAGAAGACUCUCCUGCUCAGCUCUGAUGACGAGUUCUAGGUGCGGCUGCUGGUGGGGAGGACGGGCACCUGGGCCUGGAGCAGGGUGUGCCCCCCUCCAGCUCCACGCGUGGGCCAGGAGGCGGACUGGCGCAGCUUUGGCAUUGCCCGUUAAUUUAUUGGACCAGAAACACUCACAUAUCGCUUCCAGAGGAACAGCCAGGGGCUGUCGGCCCCGGGGGACGGCCCAGGCUAACUCCCCGCGAGCCUUCAGGAAAAUAUUUAUACAUGGCCACCCCUGCACUGCUGGGCAGGAGAUGGAGGACGCCGGGAGCCACUCCUGUGCCCCUGUGGCGGCGGCACAUUGGGACCAGCUGUGGCCGUGGUGGGCCAGUGGCCGCAGCCCUCCCAGCCCCCAUGCGGGUCACCCCCUCCCCCACGAGAUUUACAGCCCUGCCCCCAACACCGUGCAAUACUUUGACCUGGGCUCUUUCCUGCCUGCUCCCUCCCUUGUGCCCUCUGUCCACACUAGAUUAGCCUCACCCUGGGCAAGACGGGGAGGAGGGGACCCAGACGUUCCCUGUGGCCCCUCCUGACCCAGGCCUGCCCAGCAUGCUGCAAGGACCAGAGCGACACCAAGAGCCACGUGUCCCACAUUGGAAGGGCACUCAGGUGCAUCUGGGCCCCUCUUCUGUUAACAAGGCCCCUCCAAGCAGGUGUCUCUGGGCCCCUGGCUGUCCUCUCCAUGGCUGCCCUUCCUGCCUGCCUCACACCCCUUCCUCCUGGCCUGCUGAGGGCAGCCAGCAGCCCACACUGCCCUAUCACUUGGGGUCUUUCUUCUCGAGAGCAUUUUGGGCAGAGCUCUUGCUUCCCAGCUGCUGAAAGGGUUGGCGGCUCCCAACCCUCCUUCCCAGGCUGAGCAAUGAGAACCUCCACAGGGUCCUGGUCUCUCCCUAGGGUUUCUCCUUCCCAUUGCAGGGGAUGGGUCUGAGUCUCCACAUUUCAGACCAGCUUCUGGAGGAACAGUCUUAUGGGAGGGAGGACGGAAGGAUGGGGCAUGCAGCAGGGAGCUGAGGAGUGGGAGGGUGACCCCAGACUCCUCUCCCUGGCGCCGUAUCCACACAGGGCCUGGUGUCCUGCUUCGGCUGGCCCCUCGGCCCAUCUCUUCUGUGCCUUAGUCACAUAUGAAAGCUCCCCCUUCCUAGGCCCUCAGUCUGGCCACACAUACUCCCUGGGGGCUUCGUGUCAAGCUGCUGGCACUCAGAGGAUCCUGCAGUGCUGGGCCACGCACCCUUGGACAGGCCUUGGGGGUGGCCAGGAUCACCUGUCCCCUCUCCUCGCUCACCUCCACACCUGUAUACCUGGAGCCUCCUAGGGCCAGCCCCCAGGCAGGCUGGGCUUAGACCGGCCACUGUCUUAGGAAGAGCCUUCGAGCAACUCUUGACAGUAACGAUGUUAUGUUCGUAGAGGCAGAGGUUCUGUCCUUUGAAAGCCAGAUGGCACCUGGGUUUGGGCUGUAACAGCCUGCAGAAGGUUGGUGAGGAGGGCCCUGCCCUGUGGCACCAGAACUGCACCGUGGAGUCUUUUCCUUUUGGUUCAUUCCUGGAACGAAGAGUGCCAAGGGUCCAGUGGGGAUUCCACCCCAGUAGUCUUCCCAGGCUGCCUUUGGCCUGUAUGACCAGGCCAGCUCUCUGGGUCCCAGAGGCCUGCUUGCAGGGUCCCAGAGGCCAGCUCUUGGGCCCCUUCUGGUGGGCCUGGCCAGCCAGUUCCAAGCUGCCCAGGAAGGCAGCAGGGGGGGCAGGCUGUCCGAGGAGAUCCUCUGCCCCACUCCCACCCCUGCUCUUACAAAUCUCUUUGAUCCUCCUUCCAGGCCAAAGUGUGCCGCCAACUCCCUGCCCCCAGUCUUUGCCCGCCUGACACCUGCUGGCUAGCGAGGUUCAUGGGGGGACCUGGGGGGGCUCGGUGGCAGGGAGCGAGCGGCCCUGGGGAGUCGAGGGGCCAGGAAUGCGCGCCCGCCCACUCUACCCUUCCUUCCUAGGAUGCAUAACCUACCUUUCUUUUUUUUUUAAUUUUUUCUCCCAAUAGAGUAGCUCUUUGUACAUAAAAAAUACUUGAAAAAUUAAUUGUAUGAUGUAUGAGAGGACAGAGUCCCCUAGUUUUGUAUCUCGUGUAUGACUGCCAUGAGUUCCACCAGAAAGCCGCUCUAUUUUGGUCUCUGUGACAUUUUAAAUGCGUGACAGAAGUGAGCAAAUAAAGUGAGAAAUAUAUAUAUGAGAUAAUAUAGAUUGUAUUGAAAUCUC